UGACGCGUGGCAAUCGACUUGAUGAUCACUCCCUCGUUCGUUGUCCGCUGAGACUGCCCUGAGACGGACAAGGAUGGUCAUUGCGACGAUGAGAGCAAGCGCAAGACUACCGAGGAGUCUCUCCGUGCCGUCUGUUCGGCCAGGAUGCGCUCGAUCGACCGCCGCACGUCUCGCUGUGGCUCAAUCGAGUUCGAGGAGAUCUCUGGCCACUGAGGCAGAAGCGAGCUAUCCGAGCCCGGGGCCCAUCGCAAGAGCCAACACGGUCGAAGAGCUACACUCACACUCGCCUCAGGACAUCCUGGCCUCUGGCGAGGGAGCAAGGAACAGAUCGCUCAGACACUUUACAGUCAACUUUGGACCUCAACAUCCCGCAGCUCAUGGCGUCUUGCGACUGAUCCUUGAGCUCAAUGGCGAGGAGAUCCUGCGCGCCGAUCCGCAUGUCGGCCUGCUACACAGAGGAACGGAAAAGCUGAUCGAGUAUAAGACCUACACCCAAGCCUUGCCAUAUUUCGAUCGCCUCGACUACGUAUCGAUGAUGACCAAUGAACUGUGCUACUCCCGCGCGGUCGAGAAGUUGCUCAACAUUGAGGUCCCGGAACGAGCAAAGUGGAUCCGUACCCUCUUUGGCGAGAUUACUCGAGUGCUCAACCAUCUCAUGGCGGUGCUGACCCACGCAAUGGACGUUGGUGCAUUGACACCCUUCCUCUGGGGCUUCGAAGAGCGCGAGAAGCUUAUGGAGUUCUACGAACGCGUAUCCGGCGCACGACUUCACGCGGCCUAUGUGAGACCUGGCGGUGUUGCUUUCGAUCUUCCACAUGGCCUGCUGGAUGACAUCUUCAAGUGGGCAACUGCCUUUUCCAACCGAGUCGACGAAUUCGAGGAGGUUUUGACUGAGAACCGUAUCUGGAAAGCGCGAACAGUAGGCAUCGGCCGAGUAACGGCAGAGGAGGCGCUCGCAUAUGGCUUCACGGGUGUCAUGCUCAGAGGAUCCGGCAUUCCCUGGGACAUCAGGAAAUCGCAACCUUAUGACGCUUACGACCAAGUCGAAUUCGAUGUCCCCGUCGGACGCAACGGCGAUUGCUACGAUCGCUAUCUGUGCCGUAUCGAGGAGUUCAGACAGUCACUCAGAAUCAUCUCGCAAUGCCUGCAAAAGAUGCCACCCGGUCAGAUCAAGGUCGACGAUCACAAGCUCGUCGCACCGCCUCGCGCAGUCAUGAAGCAGUCCAUGGAGGCUACGAUCCACCACUUCAAGCUUUUCAGCGAGGGUUACUCUGUUCCACCUGGUGAGACUUACUCGGCGAUCGAAGCACCAAAGGGAGAAAUGGGCGUCUUCCUCGUCAGCGAUGGCUCCAACAGACCGUACCGCUGCAAGAUCAGAGCGCCCGGAUUCGCUCACUUGCAAGGCUCAGACUUUAUGUCGCGACAUCACUUCUUGCCCGAUAUGGUAGCCAUUAUCGGUACCAUGGAUCUGGUCUUCGGCGAAGUAGAUCGUUGAGCACUGUAGACUUGCAUGCACCGUCGCUGUUGAGAUAUAUCUCGCUGCACUGGGCAGAGCCCGAGUGAUCGAUCGACUGCACGCCGAUCGUUUAGCCUUCCCACAGCUGU